CCUCAAACACCCGUGGUAUGACCCGUACACCGUGCUGAGUUCUACGCGCGCCGGCGGUUCGGAAGAACUAUGGCCCGCAGGGCCAUCUUUUCUGUACUAUAGAACCUGGGGAUGUUGGUUAACCUAUUAAUUAUAGAGAUUCCUAUAUUAUCUACUUUUAUAAGCUAUUACUAUGCUAAUACCUACUUAAAUGCCUACUUGAAUGCCUACUUGAAUGCCUACUUAAAUACCUACCUAAAUACCUACUUGAAUGCCUACUUGAAUGCCUACUUAAAUACCUACUUGAAUGCCUACUUAAAUGCCUACUUAAAUGCCUGCUAAUACUUGCUUUAAUACUUGCUUUAAUACCUACUUAAAUGCCUGCU